AUGGAUCCUAAAAGUGUUGGUGAUCUUCAAGCCUUGCUUGACCUUUACAAACAGGACCCAACACUCCUAAGAGCAAAACAACUUAGUUUCCUGAGAGAUUCAUUGGAAAGCAUGGGAGACACUAUUUCAGGCUUCCAGAGAAUUGAAGCCUUUCCUUUGACACUUGGUAAAGAGGAAGAGAAGCUAUCAGAGCAACCUACAAGUGAUGAGAGUGAUUUAGAGAUGGAUGAAGAUGGGGUAAUUAAACCAGAUGAAGACGAUCCCCAAGAAAUGGGAAAUGAAAACCUGGAAGUGACAAAUGAAAUGAAAGGCAAGGCUGACCAGAAGACAGAAGAGGCUCAUUCAGCUCUAGAGGCAGGAGAUUUACAGAAUGCUAUUGAUCUGUUUACUGAGGCUAUCAAGUUGAAUCCACACUCCUCAAUCUUGUAUGUCAACCGAGCCAGCACCUUUAUCAAAAUGCAAAAGCCCAAUGCUGCCAUUAGAGACUGUAACAAGGCCUCAGAGCUCAACCCUGAUGAUGCUCAGGCCUACAAGUGGAGAGGAAAAGCACAUAUGCUUUUGGGCCACUGGGAGGAAGCUGCUGAGGACCUUGCCCUAGCCUGUAUAUGGGAUUAUGAUGAGGAAACAAAUGUGCUUCUAAAGGAAGUACAGCCCAAAGCCUUGAAGAUGAUUGAACAUCACACUAAAUAUAAGAGAAAGCGCACACUGAAGAAGAUCCAGAAGAUCCAAGAUACUCUAGACUGGAUCAAAAGUAUCUUGGAAGAACAAGAGAAGACACACAGAGAGGAGAAUAUCUGGCAGUGGAUGAAUCGAGUCUAUCGAAGGUACUUGGACUUUUUUAUGGCCAUUAUAGAUCCAAGGAUUAUCCUUGCCUGGCUGGAUGUCACCUGGAACCCAGAUAAUAUCUCCAAAUAUCGAGACAACCACAAGUUUAUGAAGUUCAUUGGUCAGGUUGAAUGA